AUGAAUGGGGACCAGGAGCCCUAUCAACCGCUGCCCUUCAUCCCCAUCAGUAUGUGCACAUGCAACUGCACCUGUAAAUCUGCCAAGUCGAGAAAAGUGAAGUCUGUGAAACGAUUUGAUUUGGCCAGUGGAGUGUCCAGUGAACACCUUCCCGCGACUACGACGACCUCGUGUACAAACAGUUGGCAUGUUAAUGGGGAACAAAUUGCGGAAAAGGUGGGGACCUUCCAGCCGCAUGCUUCAACGCUUCCACAGAUUCGACCAGCAGAUCCCCCUCGGAAGGAGUCUCCGCCCGCGCAGGUGGAGGAUGCAGAAAGUCAGACGGAGUUGGUUGACCUACGGUCGAGGGAGAAGGAGCUUCAUCGACUCAUGCAGCUUCUUCAGGCAUUUUCCUUCACGGGGGGCUUCUGCACCCCCUGUCAAGUGCUCUACAGCACGCUCGGGUCGCCAGAUGUGACCUCAAAGGACCUCAGAUGA